AUGUUGCAUCUCAUUUUGUUAAUUAUAUGCUUUAUAGAAAAAUCAGAUUCUGCGAAAUUCAGUUUAUCCGUAAUCCCAGCAAACCAACCAGUACUUAUUGGUCAAAAAGUAAUUUUGAGGUGUCAGAUACAAGUAAUACGACUUUCAACAAAAUAUGCAAUGUUAUUUCGGCAUGAAGAAAACUUAAUCUCAGAGAAGUGUUUCGUGUACGAAGCACAAAAGUACCACCUAAUAUGUGAGCCAGAUGAUUGGCAAAGAGCCGAAACUUAUGAAUUACAUAUUAAAUCGGUUUCUUGGGCAGAUCGUGGUAAUUGGUCGUGUACUUAUGCAGCAAAUAAAACCAUACAAACUCUUGAAGUAUAUGCACCAGCUAAAUUGGAAAAGAUGGGUGUUUCAAGUUUAACAUCACUGCCUGUGACAAACAAAGAAAGUAUGAUCAAAGACUCCAGUUCACCUUCAGAAUUAUCAUCUUCAUCGUCUUUGGCUACGGCUGGAUUGGAUUCAGCUUUAUCUAUCAUUGGCACACCACCUAGUCAACAUAUCGGCUUAGGCACUCGGACUAAUCCGUAUGAUUUACGUUCAGGACUAGGAAUUCAGCUUACUUGUGAAACAACUUGUGGACAUCCUCGAGCCAAUAUAACUUGGCUAGUCAUGAAUGAGACAAUGACUAAAGCAAUUAUGCCCACGAAUCCAAAUAAAAUUCAUGAAAAUGUUUGUAGUAAUUCACCAAAUACAAUUGGUAUGACAACUACUAAGUCAACUUUACAUGUUCAUUGCUCACAAUUAGAUAUUAUUGGUUUAAAUCAAGUUCAAUGUUCAGUGAAUGGACCACAAUAUAAAGAUACUUUAUUGACACGAAAUGUUUAUAUAUUAUGUGCUGGUAGAUAUGUACAUAUGUCUUUGUAUUUAAAAAGUAGAUUCCUUACAACUGAAUAUGUUAUAUAA